AUUAAGCAAUAAGAAAGAAUCAAAUCCCUAAUCUCCUCUUCUCUCAAUUCUUCCCCAAUUCUUCUAAAUCCCUAAUUUUCUUUCUUCUUCAAUUCCCAACUCUCUUUUUUCAACUACAGGUUUCUAUCAUCUGGUAUCAGAGCCUGGUUCUGAUAAAAGCAAGAAUUAAACCUAAAAUCUAAGACUCCUCUCUCUCUCCCCCCAAUUCCCUCUGCCGACCUCCCUCUCUCUUUCCCCAAGGCUACCAAGCAGCCAACUUCUUCUUCCUCCCCUCAACUGCUACGCCAGCAGCACCCUUCCCCCCCCCCCCCCCCUCCAUUCAAUUCCAUUUCCCAAUUUCCACUUCCCUUUACCCAAAUCAACCAUAAUCACCACAUUGUUGAUUCCAUUCCUCUCACCAAUCCCUAAAUCCGAUAGAACCUAAUUUUAGGUUUCUAUCAUCUGGUAUCAGAGCCCGAAUGAACCCAUCCAAGUUCUUCGAUUCGGAGUGGGUUCGCCUCAGCCAACGGUUGCAGCAGUCUCUCGACCGCUACACACGAGAGAGAGAGGCGACCGAGGGCGCGGGGAGGGGAGCGGGUGCCGCCGCUAGAGAGGCAGGGCCACGGCGAUCGGCGAGUCAGGCCGCCAUCCCCGUGAAGGCAGGCGACGCGGUGGAGGCUGGGGAGGCAGCCCUAGGCGCCGCGGUGGCAGGAGCGGCGACAGCCGCCCCGGGCGAGGCGGAGCGAGAGAGAGCGGCAGGACCGAGCGGAGCCAGCGCGCCGCGCGUCCAAUCGGUCGACGGGGGAGGACCGAUCAUGUCCCUCGGCUCGGUGGCGGGUCAAGCAGUUCCGGAAACGCCGCGUUUCCGGGCGAAGAUCGACGGGCACUCCGCCAUGACUUUGGUAGACAGCGGUGCUUCGCUCAACUUCAUCGGGGCGGAGUUUGCGGACACCCUAGCGCAGGAGGCCUGCGAGAUGGAGCCGAUAGUGGUCAAGGUCGCGAAUGGCGCACCCAUGCGGUGUACUAAGGUCUACCGGGAUCUCAGACUUGACAUCCAGGGGUUGGAAUUCUCAGCGGAUCUGUAUGUGCUUCCGAUCAGGGGGUAUGAUGUGAUACUGGGAAUGUCGUGGCUACGCAGUCUGGGUCCGGUCAUCAUGAUUGGACUAGAUUGACUAUGUGCUUUAAGUGGAGGGAUAAGGAGUGGACCUUGCAGGGAUUGACCCCGGUGAUGGGGUCGAUUUCCUUCCGGGAGUGCACAGUUGGAGAGGAGGCAGACUUCGCGGUCCUCUGUUGGUCGCUGGCGGCGCAACGGACAAAGUCCGUCACGGCGGAUUUGCAGG